CCAACUCAAAACCAGACACCCAGUCAGAUUUAUCAUAAAAAGGUAGAUUGCAUUCUCUCUCAAGCAUUUCACAUUACUGAAUCUGAUUGAUAAAUUAGACAAAUGAAUUUCCGUUUUGUGAGAAAUUAUCAUUAUAACAUAUCACAACUUGAGAGUUUUGUGAGAGAUGAGUGUAAAUCUGGUAAAAUUAAGAAUCUUGAUGAUGGUUUGAGAUACUUUGAUCAGUUGAUUUCAGAAAAGCCAUUGCCAUCUAAUCACACAUUUAAUCAUGUACUUGGUUCGUUAUCCAAAAUCAAGUGUUAUUCAGAUGUGAUUAGGUUAUAUAAGAAGAUGAAUUUGGUUGGUGUACAGCCCAGUAUUUAUACAUUGAGCAUUUUGAUUAAUUGCUAUUGUCAUUUCGGAAAAAUUGAUCAUGGGUUUUGUUUGCUUGGGGAGAUGAUAAAGAGAGGGUAUCAUCCUGAUACUGCCACUUUCAAUACACUGAUUAAAUGGUUGUGUCUUCAAGGAAAGAUUGAUUUUGCAUUCAAAGUGUUUGAUAAAAUGGCUGAGAUGGGGAUUCAACCUGAUGCUAUUACCUGUAAUACACUUAUAUCUGGGCUCUCGAAAACUGGUAAAGUUGAUCAUGCUCUUGAGGUGAAAAACAAGAUGGUGAGAUGGAAAUGCACUCCUACGGUUGUUACAUAUUGUGCGACUAUAGAAACACUUUGUAAAGGAGGAUUAGUUGAUGAAGCUCUGGUUCUAUUUUCUGAAAUGCUUAAGGAUUUGAAUGUUGCACCCGAUGUAGUUGUUUACACUUCUUUGAUUGACGGGCUUUUUGAUUCAGGCCGGUUGGAUAAGGCAAAGCGACUCUUUGAGGAGAUGGUUAGUAGAGGAAUCUCUGCGGAUGUAACAACUUAUAGCUGUAUGAUUCAUGGUCAUUGCGUACAUGGUCAAUGGGAAGAAGCAAGAAGAUAUUUUAAUGAAAUGUUGGAUCAAGGGAUUUUACCCACUACAAUAACCUUUACUAUAUUAAUAGAUUCACUUUGUAAAGAUGGGAAGAUAGAUGAUGCUGUGGGGGUAUUUAGAUACAUGGACAAGAUAAAUGUAAAACCUGAUCGGAUUACUUAUAAUUCAAUGAUCAACGGUCUGUGUUUGGCAGGUCGGUUGCAAGAUGCAGCGGAACUAUUUGACUCGAUGGUGGAUAGGGGCCUUGGACCGAAUGCUGUCAGUUGCACUACAUUAAUUGAUGGGUAUUGCAAGAACCGUAAGCUGGAUGAAGCUAUGCAGUUAUUCAAGAAAAUGAAAGAAAACGGGUUGAAACCCACAACACUUACUUACAGUAUACUCUUAGCUGGGCUAUACCGAGGUGGAAGAAUAAAGACCGCAGAAAGUGUCUUCAAUGAGAUACAGUCAUUUGGUCAGUGUUUAAAUAAAAUUACAUUUGGUACAGUUUUGGAUAGAAUCUGCAAGAAUGCAAAAAUUGAGGAAGUAGUAGAAUUGUUUGGAUCCUUGGAUGCUACCAAUAUCUCAGCUAGCUAUGGUCAAGUUGGUAAAGCUGCUCUCCAUAACGGCUGUGAUAAGUACGGUAAAAAGAACAAGGGUGCAACUUGGAGAUUGCCCUUGGCCCUUUAUGAGUUUGGUUGGAGUAAAUAUACAUUUAGCAUUUUGAUUAAUUGCUGUUGUCAAUUAGGGAAAAUUGAUCACGGGUUUUGUUUGUUUGGGGAGAUGUUGAAGAGAGGUCAUCAUCCUGAUAGGGUUACUUUCACUACAUUGAUUAAAGGGUUGUGUCUACAAGAGAAGAUUGAUUUUGCAUUCAAAGUGUUUGGUAAAAUGACUGAGUCAGGGAUUCAACCUGAUGCUAUUGCUUGUAAUACACUUAUAUCCGGGCUUUGUAGAAUCGGUAAAGUGGAAUUAGCUCUUCAGAUAAGAAGCAAGAUGGGGAAUUGGAACUGCAGCCCCACGGUUGUUUCAUAUUCUGCGAUUAUAGAUACGCUUUGCAAAGAAGAAUUAGUUGAUGAUGCUUUGGCUCUCUUCUCUGAAAUGCUGAAUGAUUCGAAUGUUGUACCCCAUGUAGUUGUUUACACUUCUUUGAUUGAUGGACUUUGCAGUUCAGGCCGGUUGGAUGAGGCAAAGAGAAUCUUCAACGAGAUGGUAAGUAGAGAAAUCUUAGGAAAUGUAACGACAUAUAGUUGCAUGAUUCAUGGGCACUGCAUACAUGGUAAAUGGGAAGAAGCAAGAAGAUUUUUUAAUGAAAUGUUGGAUAAAGGGAUUUUACCCAAUGCUAUAACCUUUACUAUAUGGAUAGAUGCACUUUGUAAAGAUGGGAAGACUAAAGAUGCUGUGGGGUUAUUUAAAUACAUGGAAAAGAUAAAUAUAGAACCUGAUCUGAUUACUUAUAAUUCAAUGAUCAACGGUCUAUGUUUGGCAGGUCGGUUGCAAGAUGCGGUGGAACUAUUUGACUUGAUGGUGGAUAGGGGCCUUGAACCGAAUGUUGUCAGUUGCACUACCUUAAUUGAUGGGUAUUGCAGGAAUCGUAAGUUGGAUGAAGCUAUGCAACUCUUCGAGAAAAUGAAACAAAACGGGGUGAAACCCACAUCAGUUACUUACAGUAUACUCUUAGCAGGCUUAUACCGAGAUGGAAGAAUAAAGACCGCAGAAAAUUUCUUAUGUGAGAUGCAGUCUCUUGGUCAUCACCCAAAUAAAAUUACACCCUGUACAGUUACAGAUGGACUCUGUAAGGAUGGAGAAAUUGAAGAAGCAGUAGAAUUGUUUGGAUCCUUGGAUGGUACAGAUAUCUCAGUAAGUAGAAACUAGCAGCCGCCAGCCAGCACUGCCUUUCUAAGGGAUUACACUCUGUCGAAAAAGGUACAAAAAGAGUGGACAAAUCUGAUGUAUGGAAGCUGGACCUGCAUGGUUUGGCAUGUUUCUGGAGCUGUUCGUGCUUAAAGGAGCACCUUUGAAGGAUGGAGACUCAGAUCUCACUCGUUCUAUGAGUACCAAUAGUUUGGUUGGACCAAAACCUGGAACUUCAAUUGAUUUUGUUAGUCGCUUCAGCGCGGAGAGAAAGACUGGCUGAGCAGGAAAUAACUUCGCAAAGCCCUGAAGUAUGACAUAUUAUCACGUAUAACAGGGAAGUGGGUUCUGUACAGUUUGCAGACGUUAUCUGGGCCUGAGUUUCUUUUGUACAAUUAGCACCCCCUCGAAGCUGCGGAUACUUCUCAGUCUUCAGCACAUGGUUUCGCGAGUCUCAUCGAGCCCCAGGGUGUUUCCCUUGAUUCUUCUUCAUCCACAAUAGAAGCUCCAGAAUGGUUCUACCCGCUGAUAUUCUGCACUCUAGGCUCUUUCUCAUUUUCGCCGCUGUUUGCUUCAUCUGUUCAUCCUACUGUGAAGCAAAUAAUUCUAGUGACGUUCAGAUAUUAAUCGCCCCAAAGAUUCUCCCGUCAUAAGAGGAGAUCUCGUUCCGAGCUGGUUCGACACUUCCACCAUGUAAUUGGUCUGCUAUAAGAUGCCUGGGUUCCAAAGUUCAGGAGGUAGAUCUAUCGUGCACUCGGCUUUCACUACAGCUUCCAUUUCCAAGCCACCUUGGAUAACUCAGAGCUCUGAAGCGUCUUACUGUCAGCUACUUUUGUCCUCGC